AUGGCGCCAUUUACUCUUGAAGUGCCGCAGAAUAGUGAUGGGGCAAUUGAGUGUUGGGAUGACGACGGUGACCUACAAUGCCACGAGGAUAUCCACCUUCGCGUUGCCUCGAGUGCUACGUCUGUGACAAACUCAUCCAUCCGUCGGUCUGGGCAUCGCGACUCGAUAUCUUCACGCCGCUCUGCUCGUUCCGAUCUCGACUCUACCGCGGGCGGAGAUGAGGAUUGGGAGAUUCAGUUGCUGGACGAUGACGAACUCGUAAACGAAGAAGCUAUAGCGUCUGUCAAAAAUGCUGGCAUCCCGUUGCCCGCGAACAUUCCCCAAAAUGCCCUUGUCGGGGGCACGAUUAAACGACUUGGGAAGAAAAAGACAAAGCGAGAGUUUAUUGACGAUUGGUCUGACGACUUGGAGCUACCAAGUUCCAAUAUUGCUUUAGAGUUAAAGCGAUUCCAUGAUACCACUCUCCCCGAGGUUCUUCUGCAAGUUGGUUCUACUUCAGUAGAUCAUCUGAAUGCCUUUCCUCCAUCGUCUAGUGACAGCCUGGCACCGCAGCCACCCGCCCACACAAUCUCGCGUGGCUUUCUAAACAACAAUGCAAACGAUACUCAGGAUAUCCCCACGAUCAAGGCAGUCAAGCAGUGCUCUGCACAAAGACCGAGUAUCAUGAAUGACACGAAGCUGAGCAAUGGAACGGCCGCAGUGGAUGACUUUGAAGAUGACUUUGAACUUCCAACAGAUAACCUCCUUCAGCUACGCCACCCCUCCGCAAGAAAUUCUAGUCCAACUCCUGAUGAAGUUGAUGUCGAUUGGUCCGAAGGCAGUAUUGGGGUGCGGUUUGGUGGCACCGCGCGAGACCAUCGGUCGAAUCCAAGCUCCUCGGCUUCGAUUGUCAGCCCAAGUGCCUCAAGUUACUUGACAGGUGAAAGCGACGAUGAAGGGCUCGAUGGACUUGUGAUUCCAGAAGGACCUUUAGACUUAGGCUCACGCUUAGCUCAGCCGAGGAAAGAAAACACACCCGACGUAUCUCAUUGUACACCCGAGGAUAAGGGUCUAGAUCAAUCGCGCUGCAACGACUUUUUCUCUGAUCUUGAAAUAAACAGCAACGAGGCGUUCAUUGGGAAAAAAUCCUCAAUAAAUCCAAAUAUCAAAUACAGAACAGAGGCUCUUCAAAGUCCGGCUCGGCGUUCUGCAACCACGCUCACAUUUACAAACGCGGCAAUAUCUCCAAAAACUCGCAUUCCUCGCCUUUCUGGACAUGAUCGACAGGUUUCCACGCAUCUUGAGACAGUAUCGGAGAGUGGCGCUCCCUUGUCCAAGUUCCGUACCUCUCCACGCCGACCAGGCCAUGUCUCUCACUCCUCCGUAUCCAGUCUCCCUAUAACCGGCUCAACAACAACACCAUCACUUUGCUUUACAUCAACCCGGCGCAUAGUAGGGACCCGUAUCUCAAAAGAAGCCCUAGCGGAUGAACGCGGCGCUGGGAAGCAGUUACUAAAACCGAAACGCUCGAUGCCGUCAAUGCGGAAUGCACCGCAAUCAGCGACAAGCAGCUCAUUCCCAAGCCCCCCUCCUCAAGGUGGCUCAAGCCGGCUAAACGCUCGGAUCUUUGGUUCCAUUGAUCGCACUGGACUAGACGGGAAGCUGUUGGCCCGUAAAUCUCAGGUGCCAUUCUUGCCUGGUGGGGCAUCCGAAAGACAAUCCCAUCAUGCCAGCAUUAAAAACUAUCGAUAUUCCCGCCGUACGAGCUCCGACGGUACUACCGAUACCACCAACACACAGGGCCCCGAUAUGCGACUGCCGCGGUCAAGCCGUCAUAACGGUUUUGGGAGCAAUACUAACGACACGGCCCUAGAAACACUGAGCCCAACUCCUAAGCGAACUCUUACCCGACCAGCGCAUCGCCGAAACUAUGGUGACGGAACUGAACUGGCUUCUUUCGAUGACUUACCUACAUCGACAACCACGGAGAACAGAUUUGUCAAACAGCCCAGCGGACGUGGAGCUCCGCGAUCCUUGAGAAACAAGUUGAGCAUAAGCCAAUCCACACCCCCAAAGUCAGAAGUUUCACAGCAGGCGCAGCCAAGAAAUGCCCCAUCCCAGCAACAAUCGUCUCUUCCCCGAUUUGCGCGCGAUACCAAUGCGUCAAGGAACGCCAGGGAACAACGUAUUGCUUCUAUGUCUGCAAUUUCGAAACUUCGGGAGAAUAAUCCACUUACCCCCCUUAAUUCAAACUGGAAACCCCCAAACGUCUCACGGACUCCGUCUGCAACGGGGUCCAUAAGAAGCAAAAAGGGGGUAUGCGGUUCAACCUCUGGAUCCAGGCCGCAGUUAAUCAAAUCCAUUGGUGCGGGUGUCCAAGAACGGAAAUCCGUGAAUGGCAUGCAUUACAACCCCGUCUCUUACCGGUGGGAGGGCAAUGAGAACCUGGUUCAUGACUUUGAUACUAGCGCAUCUAAGUCACCGAAACCUUCACCGGCUCUGAUCACCAAUGUGGGGGCGAUGCAAAAUGUACAAGUGGUCGGCGCGAUGGUUUUUGAUCCGCAACGCAUGUGCUGGCUCAAAAUGGCACCCUCGCAGCCCGGGAAGGACGGAGUCGUUGCGGUUGAGGACGAGGACGACAUAUUCUCCAAUCUGGCAGAUUUAGAAGAGCCUGCCAUCUCGGAUAAAAGGCCACCAGGGACCCUAGAAUAUUUUGGUCCUGCAGUUAGCGGGGAUGACAGGAGCGGCGAGGAUUCGUCAGAUGAGUGGCCCAUGACGGAGGAGUUUGAUGUCGGCCCGGAAUUUAUUCGACGCCAGCGCAUGGAAGAAGAAAAGUGGAGGCGCAAGGUGGACAAAUGGAUGAACCAUAACCAUGUUGGUUUUGGAAGCAACUGGAGGUGGGCUAUCCGGGAUUUGGUAAGGUCCAACAACAUGCUUGGGGCUCAAAAACUCAAUAAUGCAUGA